UGUCCAGGACAUAGUCGCUUUGCUCGACUAGGACAAAGAUAGGGCAUUGCUCCGAUAUUCAUGUGUAUUGUCAUACGGAGCAUUGUUAGGCGACAAUGGAUUCAUAACAUAGCGAUUGUUCAAACAAUAAUCAAACGACGCGCAUAAAAGUAAGUAGGUUGCGACAGGAAAUUUCCAUUGACAAUUCAUGUUUAUAUGAAUCAACAAAUUCCUCGUUUCAUUUGAGGAUUGACAAUAUUUAGACCAGUAUAUGUAAAUAUGGCGGCCUACAUUGCAUCCGGUUCGGGUUCUAUCGCUUCGGGUGUGAUACCUAGAUGGUGGCCCGUGGCAGAAGCAACGGGCGUUCCAACCCUCAGCGAACGCAACAGUACUUCCUCUCGCCUUGUUCAGCGAGAUGAGCCGUGUAGCUGGAACGUUGUUGCGAUUGUGACUGUUGUAUGUGUCAGUGUCAUGUUCAUUACAGCAGUAAUACUAUACUUGGCAUCCUUCCGUAAGCAGAGUGCGAAGAACGAGCAAGCGAACGGACAAGAACAAUUCGCAGAGCAGUUUGGUAUUCAAGAUGAGGACGAUGUCGAUACUAUUUCCGCCGGAAUCAACAGAGACUCAUUUGAUCUCAACGCUAGCGAUGCCAUUCCUCCUAUCGAUUGGGAGUGGGAAUUCCGCCGUCAGCACAGUAAGCUUAUGGAUCUUGAGUUGGGCAGAAUGGCGGCCUCCAUACAUCCGAACGUCCUCCUCAAUCGGGCUGACCCCACUCACGGAAAGCAGGAACGGGCUAGCGAAGAUAACUAUACAGAACCCGAGGUAUUCAUUGUUGGAGCUCCUGUAGAAGACGAUAUCGAGGCUCAGAGCUCCGUUGCCGCUGAUGUCUCAAUGGCGAAAGCUAUGCCCUUGAAAAAGAACAUGCGUGGUGUCCUAAAGGCAAUAGGUAUACCUGUAGCUGGCAAGGCUUCCACGCAUUUGGAAUCAAUGUCCGAUUCCGACCUAGAUGAUCCCGAUUCGCCGGAUACCGCGGUUGAGAAGUUGGGAGAAACUGGUAAUAGUAAGUCAUCCUAAGCGAAUGAAUUCUGAAUAUUGGCGUUGGAGGGGCUUGUACCACACCAGGGUUUCACUACGUUCUA